AUGGCGGUGAUGAAUGACGAGACACUGAGCACCGAGUCAUUCCCCGGAUGUCGCAAGCCUGCGAGCACUCCCACUCCUCCUCCUGCACCUUCAUUGUCUCUCCUAGCUUCGCUUCCGAUGUGCCCACCUCAAGAGGAAGGCCGAGUCCUCGUUAUUCAACACGAAACAUGCUUUAUAUUAAAUAACGAACACCUCGCAACACUCGCAUUUACAGUAAGAGAGUUGGGUAUGGUGAUUGCACCGGAAAUUAACCCAAUGCUUGGAACAGAAGCUUUGUCAACGAGAGCUUGCCGAAAUUGA